AAAUUUUAAUUUUUUUAACAAUCUUCUUCAUAAAUUUAAAAUUUUUAAAUUUUUUUCUAUAUUUCCUCUUUAAAAAUGUCUAAAAAAGCCAAAAAGAAACCCAAAGAAAUCGACUGGUCUGCCGAGGCAAAUUUCGAUAAAAACCGUUCUAUCAUUUAUAUAGAACAUUCCCUAGAAUGUUCCAUUUUCUCUAUCAAGGCAGAAGAGUUUUUGAAAUAUUUACAAACCGAAAUACCCGAAAGACAGUUUGUUUUAAUACGCAAUCAUUAUGGUAAAGUGGAACCAAGAGAGGGUGCUUUUGAAAUAGAGUUUUCACAACAUGCUCGCACUUCCAAACAUAACUUGUGGUCGGGUUUAGAUAAAGGACCUCCAAGACGUGAUAAAUUUCCUAAAUUUGAAAUGUUAAUGCCAGAAGUGCAAAGAGUUUUAAAGAAAUUCUAUCCAGAUGUGGUGGCCAACAUAGAGGAGGAAAUGGAGGAAGGGUAAAAGUUAAUAAAAACA